AUGCACCCAUCAAGGGAUACCACAAGGUCAGAGUCUUCUGCGAGACCUGAUACGCCAAAGUCUGCGAACUCGGUAUUGACGUUCGCCGAAAGCCUGCGAAUCAGCCGAUCGCCAUCCCCGACUGACGACGAGGCUGAGCGAAUUUGGGAAGCAGCAAGAACGGCACCACCCAUAUUCCCUGAUCUCAACCUGCAACGGGUCUACUCAUGGGACUUGGCCAGGACUAAGCAGACCGAGCUGCCAGCUAACUUUCAGCUCAGUCGAGGCCAGCGGGCUGUCAUUACAGACACCAAGGACAAUGCAGGCAAUCGCCAGUCUGUAAUGCUCGUUUACGAGUCCGAUGAGGAUGAUUUGCGAGCACACUCCAAACACAAAUCCACACAGGCGAGUGUGUAUGAUGAGUGCGUGUCGGAUUACUCGCAGUCCCUCGCGGAUGGACAUCGUGCCCCGUUGGAUGAUGAGCAGUCUCGUCUAGGACCUUCGAUGGCCUUCCCCGCGGCCACCGAUAAGGAGUCGAGCAAGGAGAGAGCCCACACCGACAAGGGUAAAAGCAAAGCGAGAGACCGGUUGUACAAGUUGAAGCAGGUCUUCAAGCUACAGCCUCUCGCAAAGCCUGGCACUCAGCCUUCUGGCUCUUAUGUCAUUGCGAAGAAACCAGUCCACAUGCCUGAGGUACGGCCGGUUCAGAUCUCGGCGCCUACGACUUCUUCUCCUCAACCGCAUCAGCCGGCACCAAAGACAACCGUCGGCCAUCCAGACCGAGCGACUAGGUGGGGCGACUUCUCCCAGUACAAACCUGAGGAGAAUGCUACAGAACCAUCUCGCUCGAGGCCAAUGCCGCUGAAUCUCAACAAGCCGUUGCCUGAGAUUCCCCACCCAAGCUCUCAUCUACGACUGACUCGGGCUCCAGAGGCAUUUUCGUCCAGUUCUCGAGGCGCAACCUCGCAGCGGAAAUCGACCAAUCGAAGGACUGCCGUCUAUGCUGGGUCGAUCUUCUCGUCGCCAGAUAUGAGCGAGGACGAUGAAGUCGUCGACAGGUACGCCUCUUCUCGCGAUGGCUCACCAGCGGCUACACAUACGCCUGCAACGUCUGGAGGCGAGGAGGAUGUCGAGGCCGAGCAACAGGACCUGCUGAACCGUCCGAAACCACUUGGACGCUUGGACACCCAACAAGUCUCUAUGCAUCUGGACGCACCAUACAGGUCGCCACAAUUCAGCGACUCAGUCAAUGAUGAGAUCGGACGUCUGGCAGGUGGUUUGCGUCGAGCAUUCGAUCCGGAUGAUGAAGACGACAAGAGCCCGAUGGUCGAUACCUUCGUCCAUGCAGGCCAUACAAGCUUCGUCAUCACGGAGAAACUAGACGAGAAUACCAUUCGCUCGAUGUACGGCACCCAGGAGCGAAGAGACGGCGACUCGCCAACGGAUGGCCCUGCGAAGGCCUUGUGGGAUCGUCUGACGAGCCAAGUCAGCGGUGGCGGUUGGAGUGCGGAUUAG